AUGAAGCAGCCCAACGACUCUGGCCCAACUGCAACUACAAAUGCAACUGGACCACAAUCGGCUCGACCUCGGGCUUCCCUCUCUGCCUCCCAUAAUCCGCGACGGCUUCCUGUCAAUCCCCGCCGGCACAAGGUUGCUCCCGAGCAUCGCAAGCGUGUCGCUACAGCGUGCAACGCUUGCAAUGUGAGAAGAGUCAGAUGCUCUGGUGAGCACCCGUGUCGCCAAUGCCAAUCCUCUUCACGCGACUGCAUAUAUCCUCUGCCUGUUGAGAAGGUCAGCAUCACGCGCUCAGAGCUCGAGGAUUUGAAACACAAGGUCGAUCUCUAUGAACGGGUUCUUCGAGACACUGUCCCAGCAGCUGUAUCAAACGCCGUCCCGGACUCUGCAAGCCGCCAAGAACUUUCGGAUUUGCUUGGUUGGACCGCCUCUAACCAUGACAUUGGAUCAUCGGCCGUUAGUCUAGCGGCACAGACAACGCCAACGAUAGAUGCAACAGCGCAUAUUGGGCGAGUGCCGCCUGAGCUUCCCCAGCUCCAGUAUCCCAGUAUACAUCGACAAUUCCAGCAACAACCACCUCAUCUUCAUCUUCAGGCUCAGCUAUCAGGUACUCGAAUACAGGAACCCAGCUAUGGACUGUCUCGAACACAUUCUAUCCAGCUAUCACAUCCCGGCGCAACGCCUCAAAAUCGGCAGGACGACGAAGAGAACUUGGUCUCAACUGAGGGUCGCCUGUUGCAUGACCCUGACGGCUAUGCUCGUUUCCUGGGUGAGACGAGUGGCGCAACUUUCCUCGACUACUUGAAGGAAUUCAUGACUACAGUUCUGCCUCUUGCAUAUCAAAAUCUGCGUCCAGGUUCUGACGGAAGCGCGUUUUUGUCAAGUCUUGGUCGUUACCAGACCUACGACUCGCGACCUUUGCAUGAUCGAGAUGUUGACCCGACAUGGUUUCCUGCACCCCCAGAGAUGGACUCAAUGUUAUCCGAGCUUCGUUAUUUCAUCCAAGAUGGUAACUGCCAAUGGCCAAGUGGAGGAAUCUACUGGUGGGGGGAUCUCUCUUCAACGCCAACAAUCCCCUCCGUGGAACGAGACUCGGCAACCUUGCGUCUCGCCAAGUGCCGUCAUUUGGCUUUCUACCAGACUGCAUUUGCUGUGGUAUCUCAAGCUAUGAUCAUGCCGCCUCAGGAUAUCUCUAUAGACCCUCAUCUCAGCGAGAACUACUUCAGCCGGGCCCGUAUGCUCCUAGGGAACCCGCUUGACAUUACACGCUUUACGCCCAACGAAGUAUCGGUGCUGACAUUGAUGGGGUUCUACCUGAUAGAGAUGAACCGCCGUGAUGCCGCAUAUAUCUGCGUGAGCAACGCUAUGCAUAUCAGCAUCAUGCACGGCGCACAUAGGGGCUGGCUUGACGAGAGUGGCAAACGCGUGUUCUGGACGCUGUACGUACUGGAUCGCUACUUAAGCUGUCUCAUGGGGAGGCCCCCGACCAUCAUGGACGACGCAAUUCGGUUACCCCUUCCUUGCGAUGCUCCGUCUAUGCCUCCAGCAGAUGGUCUCAAAGCUCAUGUCGAGCUUUCUCGGAUAUCAUGCCAUAUCGUGUGCAAUACAUAUCGCAUUUCCCCGUCAGAAGAAGCCACAAGACCUGUGAGGAGCCUCGAAGGGGAGAUCAGUAUGCUCGAUGAGUGGUGUUUGAAACUUCCACCUACGUUAAUAAUCUUGACUAUCCGCCCUGUUUUCUUCGCCUUGGUUAAAAAAUCAUUCGCGGAAAAGCUGGUAUCGCGGCAGUGUUCCUUGAGUUCACAUCCACAACUCCCUCUACUGAAGCGAUGCAUAGCAUCAGCAGAACACAAUAUUCAGCUCGCUCGACAGAUCCUACUUGUCAAUCAUCCUCGAAAGCUGCUCCAAGCCGGUCUUCACUUCAUUUUCAACGCUGCCAUAGUACUGAUGUUACAGCAGCUGGUAGAGGAUCUGUGCCCGUCUUCUCGGAGUGAAAAGGCUCGUUCACUUGACCUCGACUUUGUGAUUGGGAGGUUCGAGGAUGAGAGUCGAGUUGGUAGCAACUACGGUCGGGACUGUGCCACGGUACUUCGGGAUCUUCGCGUUCUUGUGCAGCGUCUCCCUAUCCCUGUUGACAUGAGCACUGCGACACGUUCCGUCAACAUGACACAGACUACGACAACCUACGAUCCGAUCGCAAAUCGAACACAUGUUGACAUGGGACAGCAAUGGUCAGACAAGCUGGCAUCAGAGACACUUCAGCAACCUAUCCUUGUUGAUCAAGGGCACAUACUAUAUAAUGAGUUGGUUUCGUGGAUUGAUGUCGAUUGGCAAUCCAACAAUGGGUAUCUCAUUUGA